UCCGGUGGGGGUCGUCUGACGGGGCCUUCUCGCUUCGCUGCAGGACGAGCCGCGCCUCGACCUUCCGGCCGCCUUCACGGAGCACUGGAAGGGCGUCACCCGCUAUUACCUGGAGGCCUCAGAUGAAAACAAGCCGGCAAAGCAGACGGAUAUUCCUUGGUGCUUAAAACAGAUGCUGGACAUCCUAGUCUUCGAGGAGAAGCAGCAGCCAGAAGGAGAAACAGGACCCUGCCUGGAGUACUUGCUGCAGCACAAAAUCCUGGAGACGCUCAGCACUCUGGGGAAGGCAGAGUAUCCUCCCGGAAUGAGGUCGCAGGUGCUUCUCUUUUUCAGUCGCCUGCUGGGGCAGAUGCAGAGCCCUCUCUUGCAUUACUUCAAUGUUUACCGGCCUGUUCAGAAACUUCUUCAGCUUCAGGGUGAUGCGUUGGGCCCUGAGCCUGAGAAGGAAGUGCUGCAGUUUAUUGCUGUUCUGUGUACCAAAAUCAGGCAGGAACCUGCUCUCCUACCAUAUGUCUUAGAGGGCAAGCAUGUGGAUCAGAAUUUUGGUCUGCUGGGAUUGGGAGCUAAGCCAAGCAUGACCUCUGGCCAGCCUCUGCCCUCCUCUGAAGAACAGGGCAGAGGCCCGUGUCCAGAGAAACCUUUGGGUGUAGCAUUACUCGUGGAGCCAGCUGCUUCUGUGCUGAAUUUGGUGACUUCUCUGAUUGGCUUAUGUAAGAGCAAGAAUAAGAAGAUUAUGCUAAAAGCCCAGGAGAAUCUACUGCUUCUUACCAGUAUGGGCCAUCCAACAGCUGCCCGGGCCUUGGCCCAAGAGAGCAUGCUGUGCCUUCUGGUGUCUGACCAUCUCUGCACCCUGUACAAUGCCAUCCCUAUUACUAUCAACCCUGCUGAUGUUGCUGCACUUCCACCAGUACAGUGGAGGCUUCCGAGGGAUACCUGUGUUGAGGAAAGCUCCUUUCCAGGAGAAUACAGCCUUCAGGCUUUCUUUGGCUGGCUGGAUUUUUGUGACUGUCUCACAAAAGAGGCUCAUCCUGUUAUUGGAGAUGCUAUGAGCAAAACUGUGGGCCAGAGGCUCUUCCUGGAAACCUUACAGCCUCACCUCUUGCAAAUGUCAGAAUCUGGGAUUCUCUUUUCAACAGCCAUCCUGACAGGCCUGGUGGGGCGGAUUUGUGCUCCUGCCCUCCUCCGGCAGCUGGUUGGGUUUGUGCUAGGAGCAGAAAUGGAUCCUGUCAGGCCCAGAGAUUCAGCUUGGCAGCAACAGGCAUCCAACUUAUGCUCACACCUGAUUGAGAACUGCAACCAUCCGUCUGAUGAGAUCAGUAUGGCCACCCUGCGAUUGUUUGAGGAGCUGCUUCAGCUUCCUGAUGAGCGCAUUUUGCAGAGCCUGGUGCUGUGCCAUCUGGAGGAGCGCAGCUACAUCCUGAGAAGUCCACCUGGGCAGGAAGAACCUGCCGUCCGUGAGCAAGAGUCCUGUGAAGAUGGGCUAGACCUAGAAGAAGAUCCUUACUUCGCAGACGGGUUCCCAGCAGCUGUCCUCCAGAGGCCCAGCAGGCCAGCCAUUUCAGCUCCAAAGGAGCAGGCCAGCCAACCAGAGGGGCCUGUGGAUGUGAAGGAGGCGGUCAGCAGCUUCCUUUGCCUAGUACCAGGUGAGGUGAAGACCUCACCUUAUUUGGAGGAGGCAGGAUAUGACACUUAUGUGCACGAUGCUAAAGUGCUGUUUCAAGAAUGUUGUGCGAAUGUUGUGCACUGGAAGUGGCCCCAGGUUCAGCUGCCCCAGAAGAGCAGUCCUGCAAGACCCCAGUUUUAUGAGGGCCGUUUCCUGCAGGUACUCUUUGAUCGGCUGGCCCAGAUCUUACACCAGCCCUAUGCAGUGAACCUGCAGGUGACGUCACUGCUGUCUCGCUUGGCCCUCUUCCCUCACCCUCAUCUCCAUGAGUAUCUACUGGACCCCUACCUCCCACUGGCCCCUGGCUGCAGGACCCUCUUCUCGGUGCUGAUCAGGGUGAUUGGCAGCCUGAUGCAGAUUGCCCAUCGGAUCACAGACUUCCCCACCAACUUGCUACUGGUCCGGAGAAAGCUAAUGGGGCUGGUGCUGGAGGAGCAACUGAUUGGCCACCAGAUGCUCUUGGAGGGGGUGAUUGUGCUGGAGGAAUUCUGCAAAGAGCUGGCUGCCAUCGUCUUUGUCAAGUCUGUGCUCAAGGGCCCUGCUGGACAGAGUCAGCAGUGUGCCCCUUCACCCAGCUGAAAGGUCUGGGUCUCUGACACAUUGGCUCCCAUGUCUCUCUGGGGCUUUCACCUAUAAAUGAAAGAGCAGCACCAUAGGCGACUUCCUGUGUGUAGAGAAAAGCAGCAGUCACCUCCUUGCUUUUGGUAUAAAAGUGGCUCCGCAUGAGGAGGAGUCAAGGCAGGGACAGUGGGAUAAGAAGCAAUUGGUUGCUUCAUCAGCAGCCCCAGUGCAGCUCCCCUUACCUGAGCAAAGCAAGAUAGAUUCUCACUUGUGCCCCUUGAUUGUGCUGUGAUUUUGGUGAGCUAGCCUGCCUGCCUUCUGAUGCAUGACCCAGCUUGCCAGCCCUGGCCUUGUCAUUCUUCUGGAAGAGGAGCCUAAUAUCCUGGAGGUCUUCUUGGCAUCUUCCUCAAGAACAAAAAAAUCCAGAUAAAGCGUCUGGACUGCUAUCUUCUACAAUUAUUGGCAAGGUGGGGCUAUUUUCAGCUUGUUUUAGCCAUUGGGAUUAAAUCAUGGAGAUCCCUGUAAAAGUUUUCCAUGGUGCUUGGAGUUUGGGAUCUGCUGCUAUAAACUAUGCCUCCUUUCAUGUUCUCUGCUGCUCCUAUUACAACUGUGGUCAUCUCUAAGUGCAACACAAAGCCCAGGCCAACAGGGGAAGGCUCCGAAGACUCCUGGCCAUAGCUUGCACUUAUUUCUCUUGGACUGUCCAGCCAAGUGACCCUCUUCUCUUUUCUGCGCCCACUUAACCUUUCUGGGCAUAUGUACCCAAGGUGAAGGUUCUGUGCUGGUAUCUGUUUUUUUGCAAUGUCUUCCAUCACAGUGUUAAGACUAACCCUGCCCAUUCUACCUGACCCCUAGUUGCCUUUUUUUGAACCAGGAGUUUGCUGUCAUGAGAUAAUGGAAACCCACACCAUCUCAUUCCUCGGAGGGUGUCCCAAGUCAAUGAAUAUGUCUGGAUGUGUUUUUCGAUCUUUGCAUAUUGCCUAGGGCUUUGCAGUGACUUGAUCUUAGGCCUGAAAUAAAUAGUGAACAAAAGGAAA